GCAUCCACUGCUCCAGACUCCAGCUAUUUUCUCCAUCAAGACAUCAAAAUUACGUGACACCAAAUAUCAAUAGUGAAUCUCAUUUUUUCCCAUUUUUUCCUCCAAAUCAAAAUCAUUAAAACCAGAUUUUUUUUUCCAUUAUUCUAAAGUUGUUUAUAAAAAUAAAAAGUGACAUUAAUUUUUCAUUAAACCAGAACCUAGAUGAUGGGAUGAAUCCCCACGUUCUGUUCACUCCAAUAAAAUUCCAUCACUGUCUCGUUUUAUCCAAUAAACAUCAGGCUUGAUAGUGCAGAGAUAGUCCUAUCAUUCGGGAGUAUCUUAGUCCAAGACACUAAGUCGACACUCGUGGAAAAAAGUCAGGUAUACCACGGACACACCGGUUGUAUCGGACAGUCCACCUCGAAUGCCGAUCGCGAUUAUACGCCCGUGCAAUUCAAUGUAAAUACCGGGUACACGUGCUAGUACACUAUGGGAUCGAUACAAAUGUAAAAUACCUGACCGUUAAGUGCACACAAUUCUCAACAUUUUCUUCGUACUUUUUACCGAAGGGUAAAGAGGAUUAUCGAUGAAAACCAGCGAGAUUUAUUUUAAAAUGAUGGUGCCUCCUUCUAGCGUGGGAAUCAUCGUGGUAGCUUCGGGGAUAUGUUUAUUUUUAUUCACCACUUUCCGGAGAGGGAAAACCGGAGAGGAUAAAAACGAGAAGAAAGUAGCAGGUGAUGAAAGCCAUUGCGCCUGUUGUCUCAAGCCAUUUAUCAUUGGUCGCGGUUUUCAGUGCAAAGACUGUCGAGCAAGAUUCUGCAGAAAAGCCUGUGGACGCUGGGAAGUGAAGGAUAACGUUCGACUUUGUCUAUUUUGUUAUCACAAAAGAACGUGGUUCAAGAAAGAAGAAGGGUGGCUUGAUAAAUUCGGUGGCGCAUAUCCAGUGGAAAAAACGAACGGUCAAUUCAUCACGACGAGAUCCCGGAUUUAUGUGACAGGCGUCGAGGAUGCUCCGGUCAACCCCGGCCUGGACCUGGCGGCCGGUGGUCAUGAGGAGAUGGACUCGUUGGAAAAACUUCGUGAGAUCAUCGAGAAAGUAGUGGAGAACCUUGUUGGCAAGGCUGACGAUGCACCUAUCGAUCGAAUCUAUCGGCAUUCCUCAUACAAACCGGCCGCAGACACGCCGAGUAUGGCGCAUUCUGCACUUCGAGAACUAGUGGAGCGUGCGGUCGACGAGGCACGUAAACUACCGAUUCUCGGUGAUUCCAUGACCACUAGGAUACAAGACAACACGAGCACCGAUGAACAAACCUACGAGGACUUGCUAGCAACAGCUAUACUCAACAAAGUCGUGCAGAAAUGCCAGAAAGCUCGAGUCGAUGGUAACAGCAAUGUCCUACAUGAAGCACCAUCGAAAUCAUGUAGACACCGAGGAUUUGGGGCGAGUGCGGUGGACGAUAGCAGUUUGGAUCCCAUGUCUCAGGAUGAGGCCUGCAGUGACUCCAGUCGGACGAAAAUUCGGGUUCAUCAUGAGCCUCUUUCACUCACGAUCGAGGAACAGAUUGAGGAAGUAACAACGACUUACACAUCCGACGAUGAGCCGAGAAAUGUCAAGGCGAAUGUACUUCAUUUCCGGAAUGCCAAACGCGUGCCAUUUCCGGAAUACGGAAUGGAUAUUGUGGAUCCCUCUCAGGAAUCAUCAGACAGCGAAGAUGAAAUCGAUGCCUGUGUUUCUGUCAGCCACGUAACGCCCUUAGAGACUUGGGAAGAAAAUUGGCUUUUCCAGAGGAAGAAAAUUGCUGCUCAACCUGAACCUGUUGCCAUGCUUGUACCCAAUCCCAGUGAGGAUUAUCGAGCUCUAAUUGGGGACAAAGAUGCAGAUGACAUGUCAGAUUUAUCAGAAUUCUCAGCACAAUCAGAUGAGGAGGUAGAUGAGGAUUUGGUAGAGGCCAUUAAUAAGGCUGUACCAGCCUCACCGAACGUUGGGCGAGUUCCUCUGGGAGUUCAUAAAACCAAAUCAUCAAUUCUCCACGAUAAUUUCACCGGUGAAAUUGUGUGUGAGAAUUCUAAUGACGUAGGGUCCCCCGAUAAACCCUCCCCGGGGACGAAAAUUGAAUCGGAAAUUGUGAAGAAAGAGGAGAAGCCCGAAAAUAUUAUUUAUUUCAAAACCAAUAAUGCGGAGAUUGAAAAUAACUUCGAGAAUACUCUCGGAGAUGAUACAUCGAAAAAUGAGGAUAUUAAAGAGGACGAUAAAAAUUAUAUCCCCAAGACACCAGUAGCUACACCAAUCAGGUUCUCUCUCAGCGAGAGUGAUUCAGUGUCACUGAUUGCCUGUGAUUUACAGGAAUUGAAUGAAAAACUCAUUGCAAUUCACGAUAGUGAGAGCGAUGAAGAUGUUGAUCGUGUUGGUUGUCUUUUACCGGAAGUUGAGAGACAGCAACCCGAAGAAUCGGGGCAAUUAAUACCUGAAGCUGUAGAUCGUGAAAAAAAUUUCAACCAUACUCCAGCGUGUCAGGCGGCUGCAGCAGCUGCCAAGGCCGGAAUAUCCUCAUCCAUGGAGACAAAAUCAAAUGGAGAAGACCCUGAACUGUCUGCCCCACCCCGACCAGGGAGUAUUGCGGAGCGUGAACAUAAAAAAUGGGAGAAUGCAGCACCUCUUCAGAAUAAUCCAUACAGCGAGGAGAAUAUUCAGAAGAGAUUGCUGGAGAGACAGUACGCCAGGAGAUCAUCGGAUGUUCGAGGCUCUGGAGCCCUGUCUAGUAGUCCCAGUCCACCAUUGAAAAUCAUUUUGGGAGGCAAUCGACCGGACGUCCAAAGAUUUGCAAGGGACUACUACAUAAAUGAGGCGAAAUCCCCAACAGGUGAGCGAUAUCGACGACCUGGUACAUCAAAUUCGAGCAGACCUAGCAGCUCUCUGUCCCAGAACUCGGCCUCGACCAGCAGCGAUUACGAUCACCAGGAGUCCUUUGAGUUGAUCGAGACAACAAAAUCACAGAAUAAUCUAGAGGCCGAGCCCCAAGUGAUUGAGGAAAUUCUUGAGCGAGAGCGCAAGAACAGCAAAAACGAAAUCAACGCGAAGUUGAAUAAUCAGGGAAACUUCGACUCUCCUAUAUUCGAGGGUAAACAAUCAUUCACUGAUGAUAAUAACCGAAAAAUUCGGCGAAUCGAUCUGAGAGCAUAUGGUUUUGCGAAUCAAUUCGACGCGAGUAAUGAGUGUAAAAGAAAAACUCCCAGAGUUGUAAAUAAAUUGGAUUUACGAUCGUACGGAUACGACUCAGGUCUUCGCAGAACUCAAUCAAAUAAUCACAUCGACAGCAAAGUGAACAAUAGCUUUGUUCAUAUAAAACGGAAGAACGAUAGAAUCGUUGGUAAAUCGAAUUUAACUCAAAGUCAGUCAAUGAGACUGGGAGGUGGUGAUUACAUUUGGAUUCAGAGUAGUGAGGACCUGAACAAGAAGGAAAUGAUGUUCGAUAAUCUCGGGGGGAUAACAUCAGCCAAAUCAGUUCCAAAUAUCGCGAGAAUUUCUUCCUACACUUAUAACGGGAAUAAAAUCGGCCCUGACGAUGAGACUCAUCCACCACAAAAUACAAACGGUUCCUCGAAUAGAGUCGACAGUUGUGAUUCGGAUUCACAAAAUUCUAGAACUGAAUCAGCCGAUGAAAUGCCGAGGAACCUUCCAAUAUCGAAAGAGAUGAGAUACUCACUGGAGUCUCUGGAGGGGCCUGAUCGAUUCAUCGAUGCAUUGCCGAUGCCUUCGGUCAGAAGAUUAGCGCAAACGUUUAAUGCAUCCCCUGAAGUGAAACCUACCCCAGUACCGAGGGUGAAUAAAGCUGUCAUACGAGAUCGUCCCACUACUCCAGAAAUUCACAUCAUAAAGAGCCCCAGGCAAAUGCACAGUUUAACAGCGAGAUCUUUGUCUAGAGAAUUUCGGGAGGGCUUGAAGAACAUUUCGUGCAAACCCAAUGCGCAGCCUGUGUAUAGCACUAUUAUCGAGCAGAGUAGAAUCCCAGCGGGAUCGACAAUCUCCAAGAUAUCGGAAGACAACAAGAAAAUUAUUACAUCCGGUAAUUUGAGGAAUAAUAUUCAAUUCUGGGAGCAAUUGCAGAGGAAACCUUGAGGACUUGAAUUGUUGGUUGAAGGCUCAAUUUUAUGAAAUGAUCAUUGCCGAUCAUUGUAUAGAUAUAUUUCACGAAAAAUUAUUCAUUACGCGUAACAAGAGAAUGCAAACACAACUGAAACUGCCAUAACUUAAUCUUAAUUCCACAACUAAUCUUCGUAGGUAUUGAUAGGUAUUGAUAAUUAUUUUCCUCUUCUGAUGUUAUUUGAUGAUAAAGAAGUGAAGGGUGUGGGAGAAUAAUCGUGGCGGUGAUUAAAUUGCCAUGGCGUCAUGUUCUGAUAAAUUAUUUAUGCCCCAUCAACCUCACCGUGACAUUUUAAUCAAUGCCAUUAAUAUUUCCUCAAUACACCUCCACGCUCUUAUCAUAUGUACUUAUUUUUUUCGGCUCGGGAGCUUAAUUGAUUUCACUCACCUAUUUCUCAAAAAUAAUUAUUUUUCAAUGAGAAAAUUCUUAUUCUGUGCCAAAGGACACGUCGGUGUCACCAUCCAAAGAAAAAUGAAAUUGUUUUGCAUAAUUUAUCAUUAGGUUUUUAUAUUAUUUAUAAAUAAAUUACUGUUGGAAUAUGAGAAAAAAUUGUUAUUCAUCCAUAUAUUUUUUCGUACAUAAAAAAUUUGAUAAAAAGUUUAAUUGUGUGUAUACAUAGUAAAUAUUCAUAUGCGAUGUUGGAACAUUGUGACAAUAUUUUUAGAGCUAAAUUUUCAAAGUUUAAACAUUGUAAUUGCUUGUUGUUUAUUGUAUUAAAUUACUCGUUCUACAUCGAUACUUUCAACCUAUGUAAAAAAUGGAAUAGAAUUGAAGUAAACAUAGAGGUAUUGUUUGCCUAAAAUUAUUGAUCCCAUACAAUCUACAGUAUUAAACAAUUGAGUAUCAUUCAGAGGACCAGAAGAAUGUUGUUCCCAUCGUAAUUAAUAAUUCAUCAG